AUGCAAUUCUUCACACUCGCAACCCUCCUCCUGGCCGCCACGGGCGCCAAUGCUGCCAGCGGCUUGGUUGGGACCUGUAAUAAACUUAAACUCUCUGGCGACACUUUGUCUGCCGCGUGCGUGGCUGCCAAUCAAAUGGAUAAAGUAACUACCAGCCUCGAGCUCAAAGAUUGCUACUAUGUCCUUGGCGAUGGCAUCGCAAAGUGCGGGAGGGGAGGCGUUGGCGGGUGCUCCUUCGGAAGCCUUAUUGAUCCGGAGGGGUUCGCCAAGGUACAGAUCACCUGCCCUGACAGCAAUAGCAAACAGGUUGCAACCACGGUUAACCUUAGUGAGUUGAACGCCACCCUCACCUGCAUUUAG